AUGGGUGCUCGCAACGUUCGUAUGGAAGGAUCAGGACUCUCUAAUUAUGGUGAGAGUUAUAAUUCUUAUGACGGUUAUGGGGGAAUGAUGCAUUCUGGUUCAAAUUAUCAACCAGUCGGAGGAAAUCACGCGUUAAAUGUGAUCAAUUUUGAUCAGCCAUUAUUUGGUUCGCAUUCUUCGGGUGACCUUGCUUCAUAUGGGAAUGCCUAUCAAGCAGGUUUCAACCCAACUGCUGUACCAGGUCUAGCUGGACAUAAACUACGUCAAAUUUGUGUGUCUAACCACGUAUUAGGCGCAUUCCAAAACUUACUACAGCAAGGUUCCAUGGGAGGACUAAGUCUACCGCAAAUGAUGCCUCAAGUGUCUUUUGCGCCACCAUCAAUGAUGCCGCAGAUGAUGCCUCAAAUGCCGUGUGCACCACCACCAAUGAUGCCACAGAUGCCAUUUACACCACCACCGAUGAUGUCACAAAUGAUGCCUCAAAUGCCAUGUGCGCCACCACCAAUGAUGUCACAAAUGAUGCCUCAAAUGCCAUGUGCACCGCCACUGAUGAUGCCUCAAAUGCCGAUGCCACAAAUGGGUUCAAACUGCUGUUCAAUGUCAAUGGAAUUACCAUCAAUGGCUCCACAAAUGCCUCAAAUAUCAUUUCCACCUCAAAUGUCUAUGAUGCCUCACCAAUCAAUUUGUCCACCAGCUAUGAUGAAUGGCUUUGAAGGAUUAUCAUCAUAUCGAGGUUUCGGCCAGGCAGGCUACGGAGGAUUCGGUCAAGCUGGACUAGCAAGUUAUGGUCAACAAGCUUUUGGAGCGCUUGGUAGCUUCCCUCAAAUGCAAUCGCAACUGAGUAGUCUCUACUCACAACAAUCAUAUGGAGCAUUAUCACAACAACCAUUCGGUAUUUUUCCACAACAACCAUUCGGUACUUUUCCACAACAACCAUUCGGUACUUUUCCACAACAACCAUUCGGUACUUUUUCACAACAACCUUUGAGCAGUUAUCCUGGAGCCGGUUUCAAUGUAGGAAGUGGCUUCCCGCAAUUCGGUGGUUUUUCUGAACCAGCUGCUUUUCCACAAGUAGGUGGCUACUCUUCGAUGGGUGCUGCACAAUUAGGAGCAUUUCCAGGUAGCACUGGACGAGUGACAAUUGUAUGUUGUGCUAUUCCUCAAUAA